AUGACCUCAACCUUGAUUGGAUCAUCCCUGUUGAAUAAAGCAGGACAGCAGCUUCAAAAUAACUUCAACAAUGCCAAAGGACAUCACACUCUUAAGCCUGGAGAAGUGCUGGUGGUGGAUGCGACACCAGCAUUGGGAUGCUCCAAGGUUUUCUUCAUAGAAUGUGCACCAAAAGGAAAUAAGCACAUCAGUGAAAAGGCACUUAGCUCUGGACUUUGCCGAGUUUUUCAGCUAUGUGAGCAGAACUCUUUUGGUUCAGUUGCAUUGCCAGUAAUUGGACCCAGCAUAGUGCUGUCAAUACCGGUCAAAGAUGCCGUUAAUAUUCUUACUCAUGAGAUCUGCAAAUUUUUAUCUGGACCCACUGGUCAUCUGCACACCAUUUGUAUCUCAAUAAUGCCUAAUUACCCAAAUUCUGAAGAGAUGUUCCGGACUGUCUGUGGGAAUCUGAGUGCAGAAAUGGUAGACAACACAGGACAAGCUCUGUUUCACUCACUGACCUCUGACCUUGAUGAAAUCAUCAUGGCAGUAGAUGGGAUUGAAGUCCAUUUAGUGUUUGGAGACAUCACUAAUGAGACUACUGAUGCUAUUGUGAACACCACUGACUUUAAGGACUUCCAGACAGCUGGAGUGUGUAAGGACAUCCUUACUAAGGCAGGACUUCAAAUCCAGGCUCAACUAACAGGGGCUCAGGUAGCGAGGGGGAAGAUCUUCACAACCCUGCCAGGAGGUUUCCCUUGUAAGACCAUCAUGCAUGUUUGUGGACUGAGGGACCCUGCUGUUAUCAAGACCUUGGCAAAAGAAAUAGUGGUUCAAUGUGAAUGGGGCCGCUACAGGUCUGUGGCUAUUCCUGCGAUCUGCGCUGGAAAAGGAGGUUUGGAUCCCAGUGUGGUGGCCAGGUCCAUUCUAGAGGGAGUAAAGCAAGGUAUACAAAGAGCAAAUCUUCAACAUCUCAAAAAUAUUCGCAUCAUACUGCUUAAGAUUAACGUUUUCCUGGAGUUCAAAAGAGUGGCACUCCAAAUCUUUGGUGUUGGUACACUGUUGACAGCCACCUCCUUCGGUCAUGGGGCGUACUUCGCUGUGAAAGCCAGCUACUCUGCCAAUUCGACUUAUGUGGUUCCUGCAGAAGACGGGACUCAGGUCAUGUUUGUGGCUCGUGUGUUUACAGGUUACCACACUCAGGGUCAGGCAGACAUGAGGACACCCCCUGUUCGUGUGGCACCUGACGACCUCUAUGACAGUGUGGUGGAUAAUACACUGAAUCCCUCCAUGUUUGUGGUUUUCCACGACUGCCAGGCUUAUCCAGACUACCUCAUCACAUUCAAAUGA